AUGCCUCGAAUGACAGUAUCUCGUUCUUCUAUACUAAAAUCCGAGCUUGCUAAGACGUAUAUGGAAGAACAUUUUAAAAGUAUCAUCGAUGAAGCCAACAGUGAGAUAACAACACAGCAAAGAUUAAAUGAAUAUUUAAUAAAAGAAAAAUUUUCGCCCGAACAGCGCAGAUCUCUUGAAUUAAAUUACGCAUCUAGAAUAUCUGAGUUCAGAAGAAUGAAAAGAAAAGUAUUACGUAGUUCUCAAUUUGAAAAAAUAAAAAUUAUUGGCAAAGGAGAGUACGGAGAUGUAUAUCUCGUACGCGAUAAGACAGACAACAAAAUCUAUGCAAUGAAAAUUAUUCAGAAGUCAGAACUGAUAGCAAAAGGCCAAUUAAGAAACACUUUGACAGAAAAAGAUCUACUAUCAAGGAUGGACAGCAAAUGGUCUGUUCAAUUAAUCUAUGCUUUUCAAGAUAUGUACAGCAUUUAUUUCGUAAUGGAAUACCUCCCAGGAGGAGAUUUAUUAACUGUCUUGAUGUGCCGUUCAUAUUUAACUUUAGAAGAGACACGCUUUUACAUUGCCGAAAUACUACUCGCAAUACGCGAAGUCCACUCCCUUGGAUACAUUCAUUGCGAUAUUAAACCCGAUAAUAUUUUAUUAACAAAGGAUGGACAUAUCAGAUUAUCGGAUUACGGAUUAUCUACUCCUCUCCAUAGAGAUGAGAACUUCGUAACCAUUUUGGACGAAGUAGAAGACGUUUGCAGAGAUCCGAAUUCUGAACGUAAAGAACAGCCCCUUAAAUCAAACCAUAAGAAAGAUGCAAUUUGUUCUACUGUUGGUACGCCUGAUUACAUAGCUCCCGAGGUUUUAUUAAAGAAACCUUACGGUCCUGAAGUAGAUUUAUGGUCUUUGGGCGCAAUCAUGUACGAAAUGCUUUACGGACAGCCUCCUUAUCUUGCAGAUACAGCGAUCAACAUAAUUCAUUGGAAAUCUACACUUAUAUUUCCAAAGUUAAAAGAGAUCUCUCCUGAAGCUGUUGACCUCAUGAAACACUUACUCUGUAACUCUAAGAGAAGAUUUACUAUUGAAGAUUGCAUGAAACAUCCUUUCUUCAAAGAAAUCGACUUCGAUAAAAUUUCUGAGUCAACUGCACCGAUAAUUCCUUCUGUAGAAUCAGAAACUGAUACACAGAACUUCGAUGAAUUCGAACCAAGAGAACUUCUUCCUGAAGAAGAAUCUCAAGAUGACGUGAUUUCUCUCGCUUUCACAGGCUUCAAAUUCGAUAGAAAUGUAGCUCGUAACUCUCUUCCUCAAAACCUUGAACCUGAAAUCUUAACUGAUUCUUUGGUCACUCAACAAAUUCGUUCUUAUCCUUAA